AGUAUGUCUUAGAUACUACGAGCUUAAUUAUUUUAGAUUUGUUAACAAAUCUUGGAAUCAACCAGAGCGAAAUGAUUAAGAUUGAAGAAUGAUUCAUGGAGUCGAUAUAAAAUUUAUCAAGAAUAGUCAAACAUGUUAUAAACAAAACUCAAAUAUGAAACAAAGAAUACCAUUUCCUUUGAAGAAUUCUAUAAAAAUAAAAACGCAAUAGCAAACGCCAUUGAAAACCAAAAAUGGCAAGAAAAUAUAAUUUCAUAACUCUAUUCCUCUUCAUCUUAUUUCAAUCUGUUUUCGAAACCUCCCACAGCCAAGGCGGUGGAGGAAUCGCCGUCUACUGGGGCCAAAAUGGCAACGAGGACACCUUAGCUGAAACCUGCGCCACCAGCAAAUUCUCCUUUGUCAAUAUAGCCUUCCUCAACAAAUUCGAAAAUGGCCAAACCCCUGAAAUCAAUCUCGCAGGUCAUUGCAGCCCUUCAUCAAACACUUGCCGUGCUGUCAGCAAUGGCAUACGCGCUUGCCAAAUCAAGGGUAUCAAGGUUAUGCUAUCAAUUGGCGGAGGCAUUGGAAAUUACUCUAUAGCUUCUGAAGAAGAUGCAAACAUUGUAUCGACUUACUUAUGGAACAAUUUCUUGAGUGGAGAAUCAUCUUCUCGACCACUCGGCGACGCCAUUCUCGACGGCAUUGAUUUUGAUAUCGAGCUCGGAUCAACAAAAUACUGGGAUGUUCUUGUGAGAAAUUUGAAAUCAUACAGUAAAAAUGGCAGAGAAGUGUACAUAACCAGAGCGCCCCAGUGCCCAUUUCCCGACAGGUUUUUGGGGGCUGCUCUUAAUACAACGUUGUUUGACUACGUCUGGAUCCAAUUCUAUAAUAAUCCUCCAUGCCAGUACACUUCUGGGAAUACAGAUAAUUUGAAGAAUUCUUGGGAUCGUUGGACGAAGUCAAUUAAUGCUGGGAAGAUAUUUUUGGGUCUGCCGGCUGCGCCACGUGCCGCUGGAAGUGGUUUCAUUCCGCCAGAGGUUCUGAAGUCGGAGAUUCUUCCGGUGAUAAGUAAAUCGAACAAGUAUGGUGGCGUGAUGCUGUGGUCAAAGUAUUGGGAUGAACAAUCUGGGUACAGUGACUCCAUCAAGAACAGUGUGUGAUUGAAUGAAUCAUAAUUAAUUUUGACUGUUUC